GUAAGACGAAAAUAAAAAUAUCAAAAGUCCGUAAAUUAAAGUGAAUUUUCGUGAAUUUCGCGUGAAAAUUGGCAAAAAAGCGUCAAUCGUUAGUGUAGGACGUCGCGUAACGGAAAAUUAUCGAAAAAUUCGCAAAUUUGUGGCAGAAAGCACGAAAAAAAGUGGUUUCUCCUCUUUUCUCCCACAGAACAAAGAAACUUAUCGACGCACAGCUGACAAGUUCUGUUACUUUGUUUUUUUUAUUUACGUUUCAAUUUUUUUUUGUUGUUGAUUGUUGAUUCAGUGCAUUCGCCAGUUGCUGAGCAGCGAAAUUCCAAACGUGAAAAGUGCAGAAAAAAUUGCUGAACAUUCUCAAGAACUUUGCAAUGACCUUUGCAUAUUUUUGAAAUAGAAAAAAAAUAGCAUAAUACAUUACUAAAUAAACAAACCUCUUGAUGAUCAUGUCUGCCGAUAUGAAGAGGAACGCGUUGCUUGUGGUGCCGCCGCAGCCCGUGAGUGAUCGCACGAUCAUCGAAAGCGUCACGGAUUUCAUCUCGGACGUCACGCAAUCGAAUGCGCACACAUCCGACACGAAAACGCAAAUUUUGUGGGUCCGUUUCGAAACGUGCAGCCAAAUGUCGGAUGUCGUAACGGAACACUCUGCGGAUGAUUUGCUCUCAAAUUCGAUUCUCUUGAUUCUCGGCUACUCAAAUGGCAUCCAAGUUUGGUCAAUUCCGGCAAAUGGCGAAGCUGUUGAAGUUCUUUCGUGGCGUCAUGGGCUCGUAAAGUGCUUGAAAGUGCUUCCAACGCCGUUAAUUGAUGCAGCAAAGGAAAAAAUUGAUCAAUAUUUCUACAAGAGGCCAUUAAUUGCGUUAUGCGAAGCGGGUUCAAAUCCACAAUUUCAGUACUUUAGUGUGAAUUUUAUCUCGUUGAAGGAUGGCGAUCAAGUGAAAAACAUCAAAUUCAAGAGUCCCGUUGUUGAUAUUUUCGCGAAUCGUACGUCAGUUGUGUUAACGUUCACGGAAAAAAUCGCCGUUUUUGACUUAGUGACGUUGGAAGAUCGUUUAACGAUCACGACUUGCCAAGUUAGUCCCGGAAUAACGCCAAAUCCAAUAGCUUUGGGAGCUCGUUGGAUCGCAUAUAGCGAAAAAUCGAUGCAUAUCGCGAAGAAAAGUGGCGGCGGAUACAACGGCGAUGGCGAAAUCAGUUAUACCGCGACGGUACUUAAUGCUGCAAAGACAUUGGGAAAAAGCUUGAAAGAUCUCGGAGGACAAGUUGCUGCGGGCUUAACAGGCUCGACAACAUCCAACAUGUCGUUUAAUUCGAGCGGAAAUCCAAGUGAAAGUGUUCAAUAUGGCGUCGUUACAGUUCUGGACAUCAAAAAUCCCAUUAAGGAACACAGUCCAGGCAAUCCCAUCUCCAUUAACGGCAGUGAUCCGAUCGUAGCGCACUUUGUAGCUCACAAAGAUCCCAUUGUUGCGAUGGCUUUUGACUUUUCGGGCAUGUUACUCUUCACAGCCGACAAAAAAGGUCACAAUUUUCACAUUUUUCGGAUUUAUCCGCAUCCCAUCAGUUCUGCGCUCGCCGCCGUUCAUCAUUUGUACACUUUGCAUCGCGGCGAUACAACCGCCAAAGUACAAGAUAUCGUUUUUUCGCUCGAUUCGCGUUACGUUGCGGUUCUAACGACACGCGGAACAACUCACUUGUUCGCCAUUACGCCAUAUGGAGGCGAAAUUGGGCUCCGAACACAUUCGCAACAUCAUGUCGUCAAUAAAUUGUCACGUUUUCAUCGAUCGGCAGGGAUUCUAAUUGCCGAAGGACGUUCCAAUAGUCCCGUGAACUUUUCUGAACAGCAAUGCGUGCCCUAUCAUUCGGCUUAUGCGAAUCCGAGACUUCCGCCAUACACGUGCCCGACAUUUUUGCUUCCGUUGGCGCAAAUUAGGCAACCGAGUGCAGUUGCGACGACGGGAAGCGGUUCGACUUCGGCCAAAGCAACGGGAACGAGACAACGAAAUUACUCGGCGAGCGAAUUGGAUGGAAGUCAUUUGAAAGUUGCGGCGAUUUUCGGGAAGGAUCGCAGUUAUUUGCUGAACAAUAUUCCCCAAAUUACGGGAAAUAUGACGAAAAAACGCAAAGUAGCGGAUUCGUUGUUCAUUAUGACGAGCAUGGGGCAAUUAGUGCAAUACGAUAUCGAUACGAAACCAGCUUCGAACGUUCCCAAAGAGAAAAUUUCCGAUGAAACCCCGUUCGAGCUCCAAGUCGAGGCAAAAGCUCAAUGGACUUUGUUGCGCAAUGAAAGUUUCCCGGAUGUCGUUCCGCCAUUACCUUCGAGCAACCCGUUAUUGAAUGACUUUGAGAAGCUCAAUCGCAGCUCACAAAUUGACGAAAACGACGACAACAAAGGCGACAAAUGGCUUUCUCAAGUAGAAAUUAUCACGCAUUCGGGACCUCAUCGACGUCUUUGGAUGGGACCUCAAUUUCAAUUCAAGACAUAUUCCAUUCCAAGCGGAGGAUCUCUUUCUGGCUUGGAUGAACAUUCAAUUGAAAUCGGUACACCGCCAAUUCCGACAGGCAAGACGAACAGAUCGAACUCCAUUAACAUGCCGAUACCCGGAAAAUCGCUCAGUAUUGAAUCGGGUUCAAGCAGCACAGAGCAAAGUCCCCGUAUGAGUGACGCAUUUACCUUGGAACAUCACGAAUCUGGCGGCGAUUAUCCUCAUUUCGUGCAAGGCGAGACACAAAUUAAGGAAGACUUAGCAGAUGCCAUGCGAGAAUCUCCUGCGGUUUCUCAUGAUAUUCCGGGAGGAGGAGGAGAGUCGUCGUCGACAAGCUCGUCAUGCUACGGCUCAACGCAGAAUUUGGCGACAUUUCGAGCAACGCAACUGAAAAUCGUCAAUCCACUUGGCACGGUGACAACGAUAAACGACGACUUUACGUUUGCCAACACGAGUACGUCGGCGAGUCAGCAUGCCCACGAAAACUGCGACGAGACACUUUUUCGACCCUUCGUAACGGUAAUCAAUGAUAACAACAACGCGGGAUCGCCUCCGAUGGAAAAUCCGCCUGCGACGAAGGAACGAAACACCAACAUUUUGCAAAAUGCGAAGCUAAUUGUACCGAUUUACAAUGAAAAUGUGCCCAAAACGAAGACGACCGGCAAUAAAAACAACAAAAAAGCGGAGGGAAAGAAGCAAAUUGUGAAGGAAACGAAAGAAAAACCCAAAUUACCGAAGGAACCUGAAGAAAAGCCCGUGGAAAAGCCAAAACCGAGCGAAAUAUCGAAAGAAACGAAGGCCAGUAGUACCAAUAAUAAGAAAGAAAAGUCGAAAAAACGCACGGAACUGUUCGAGGAAGUAAUUGAUCACUCAUCCAAACCUCUUUUCAAGCAACCAGAAGAAUUUUUCAGCAAAAAACCUGAAGUUAAAUCAAAAAUUGAAGAGAUUGUUGAACAAAAAAUCGAAGAAUUUUUACCUGAACCUGAAAUUGAGCCCGAAAUCGAAGUAGAAAUCGAGCCCCUGGAAGAAGAUGAAGAAAAAAGUACUGAAAUACUGCUCGAUACAAAAUCAGAUUCAAUUGAAGACAUCGCCCCAAUCGACACAAUUACCGAUAAAUUCUCGUUAGACUUGAAAUUUCCAUCUCUCGAACCCCUCGACCCAUUAGAGAACUUCGUUGACUCCUUCGAAAAGUCCCAAAAUGACUUGCCUGACGAGCCCGAGGAGAAAUUCGAGGAACCGCCGGGCGUUUGGAGCAAUUUUAACAACAAAAAACUCAUUUUCGCAAUGUGUUCAAGUCUCAAAGAAGACACGGACAAACAAGAAAUCGUCACGGAGCCGCACGAAAGUCAAGAUUCCGACUAUAAAAGUCUCGAAACGGAAGAAAGUCCCAAAAUAACAGAAUUAGUUGACGUCAAUGAUGAUGUUUCGCCACGUUCUACUGACGAUACCACGUCAUCCGGCUCCGAUGACAAUACGGAGGAAAAUUCUGCAGUGUUGAGUGAUCGGGCGAUCAAGCAAAAUGAAGAAGAUGACGAAGAACUAAGACCGCUGAUCAAAAAUAGCGUUAAAAGUGACGAUUCGAAGAACGAUGACACGCCAUCGACGGAUUUGUCGUGCAUCGUGAACGAGGUCAGUAGCGUUCAAAAUACGCCGACGCACGUUUCGAGUAACAAUAACAACAAUAACAAGAGAAAAUCCCGAAAAAAGCGCAGAUAAAGCGUUUUUUGUUUGUAUUUUUUUUUUUGGACGACGGUGUUGAUUGAUGAUUGUAUUUAUAAAAAAAAAAAUUGUGAAAAUCUCUCAAUGAGAGAAAAAAAAAUAUUUAUAAAAAAAAAUUAAAAAAAAAAUUGCAAAAGCUUCUUUUGAGCAAAAGAGCAGCUUUGAAAAAAAAUUAACGAAAUUAUUUUAAAUUAUUGUAGAUUUAAGUAAAUAAAAAAGUUAAACAGACUGGAUCAAGGAUAAGACUAGAAGAAGGGAUAAAAUUUAUUCCAUGCACUGAAAAAAUUUUUAAAAAAGGAAUGAAAGUCAAAAUUAGUCGAAAAAUUUAAAAAUUGCCAUUUCAGGCCAAAAACUGCUUUCAUUUUUUCGUCCAAAUGUUUCUAUCAAAAAAAAAACUGCCUCCUACCUUGAUUUUAACUCGAUUUCUGCUGCAUAAAAAAAUAUUUAUAUUUAUCUUUUAUUAAAAAAAAAAGCUGCAAAGCUCGAAUUUUUUUAUUAUCAUU